AUGAUAUACGAACAAGACAGCACUUCUGUUAUUCCGUCUGAGUAUUGCAGAUAUGUGUGCUCCCUUGAUGGCAACAAGCUGUCCAUUAUUCUUGCUCUUGAAAGUCAGAGUAUCAUUCGGACUAUCACUCUAAAUGACAGUGUUGCGGGUUGCGUCAGGGCGCUCCGGUGGUCAAAACCACCUGGACCUGUGAUCGCUGAGCCCGAUGCAUUCACGCCAGAUAGUCAGCGCAUUCUCUGUGCGAGUGGAAAUCAUAUUUCCGUUUGGGACUUGCAUGACGAGAGCUGGUCCGCUGAAAUAGAAGCAGGCGAUGCGUUCAACUUUACCCUUGUCGAUUUUGCAUUUUCACAUGAUGAAGUAAUCGCCUUUUCUGAAUUCAACGUCCACCUUACGAUAUUCUCUUUGUCGACUGGCGGUCAAAGGGUGAUCAAAUCCCCCAAGUUUGCGAAUGUGACCGGUUAUGGUUUCCGCCCUGUCACGGGCCACUUGGCACUGCUUGUAAAGCUUGAUGCCAAUGAUACUCUGACUGUCCAUGAGCCUGGAACUUAUGAGGUCAUUGCUGCAGUAACUCUUAAUACGAUAGAUGCUCAAGGCUUAAAAUGGAGUCCGGAUGGCGCGUGGCUGGCUGUCUGGGAUUCAGCGAGCACGGUGCCCAAAGUUGCUGUUUACACUGCGGGAGGGCAACAUUAUAGAACUUAUAGUGAGGUAGCCAAUGACGACAGUCUAGGAGUAAAGAUGAUAGAGUGGAGUCCGGAUUCGCGACUUAUGGCGAUUGGAAAACACGACGGGACGGUCACCCUGAUCAACUGCAAAACAUUUGUUUUACAAUCGGUUCUUGAAGACCCUAUGUCUUUUGGGUCAAUAGGUCGUGACAUAUACGCUGAACAACGCACCUCGAUAAUCAAUGGGACUGAAUAUAUCUUAGCUCCAAAGUCCCCCUUUUUCCCAUACACCUACAACAUCACUGGUGGAACACGCGCCGUUUCCUCUAUCGUCUUCAACCCAACUGGGGACAUGAUGGUAACAAUCGACCAAGGGCUUCCACAUAUUGUCUGGAUGUGGUCAAUGAAAGGCCAAACUCCUACGCUCAUUGGCGCAUUGAUCCAGAAAUCCAGUAUUCGACAACUACUCUGGAAUCCCAAGUUUCCCGAGCUCCUUAUGACCGUUAACGACGGUGAUAUACCCACUGCGCACCAAUGGAUAUGCAACCGUCGUCCGAGAAUCUCCCGAAUACCCCUUGCAAAUGCGGGGAAGUGCUCCGCCUCUUGGGUCAAAGCUGACAGCAACGGGAGUGGUUUAGUGUGGUUUGGGUGGCAGAGUGGGUACACUUUUGGUUAUAUAACCGGAAGUGGCACAGAGUCAAGCUUUACUCAAGUUCUAAAUAUCGAAGGCGACCAUCCCGCCUUGAGCAUGGAUGACUUUCCCACUACAUAA